AUGCAACCAUCUUGCUCCUUAAUUUACCACAAGUCUAUCCUAUUUCAUCGCCGCUUUGUUCUCAAGUACUCCACGAAGAGCGCCAGUGAUAAGCUUUUCGAAGAUGCAGCAAGAGAAGAAGCUGAAGCUGCCUCUAACUCAACGUCAUCUUCAACUCGCGUCGUAGAGCAACACGAAAACUGGAAUGGCGACGAGCGGAUCCAGGACACGGUGCUGCGCAUGCUGGUCGACAAAUACAAACCCCUCCGCACCGGAUCAAUUCAAUCUGCGGAACAAAAGUUGAAGAUUUCUCCUCCGCAGCUGCUAGGCGAUAUUCCCCUGACGGGCAUUAAUACUUUCCCCACUACCCCAAAUAUUAAUUUGAAACCGUCCGGUGGAUCGUGGGCUACUCAACCCCUGCUCCCGUCAAGUGAGGAUCACAAACCAUGGCAUACGACUUUCAAAGUCCCUUCUCAUAAGGUCUCGUCGGUGAAGUUAGCUAAUCUGCCUCCGCCUAUUCUUCCCACACGCACAAGUCCCCAAUUCUCUGUCGAUGACCAUGAAAGGAAGAAGGAAAAGGAAGAGUUCAAGAGGACACAACAAGCCGGGCGGUUGACCCAAGCUAGAGAGUCAACGCUGGACUACAAGCUCGGCGUAAAAGACGCCCGUGCGAACGCCCCGCGAACCAAUCCCGUUGGUUUGAAGGGAUGGACGAGUUUAGUCGAAGACAAGAUCCAGGCGAAUUUACCUCUUACUGGUCUAUUCAACACUGUCAAAGGACGCGGCAAACCUCUAACCCAAGCCGUUGAAGAAUUCAAUCCCUUCCUUCCUCGCGAAGAAUUCCUCAUGAACCGUAUAGUUCAAAGAAAUGGCGCAGCGCCCCCUUGGAUUGAAGUUCAAGGAGAGCUAGAGAACGCGGUCCAAACAUUCCGCGCAAACCUCCGCGAGUCCUGGGUCCGACGCACACUGCGUAACUUGACUACCUCGCACCCACAACAGCUCCUAUCAAAGCUUACCGCCAGCGACGUAAAAGCCCUUCGUGACCCAGAUUGGGUUCGGCGAGAACAGUCGUACCAUGACGUUGCAAUUGCAGAACUAAAUAAGCUAGUGCGGAAACACAAUGUAUUGGCACCUUAUGCCGUCCGCCGGCCGUACUAUGAGAGGGCAGUGGAGAUUGAGAAGAUGUACCAGAUGAGCGCGGAGGAUAUUUUGAAGGGGAUCGAAAAACACGGAAGGGAGUUGGAAAUGGACCAGUUUGGACAAGGUCAUGAUUCAGGACUAGGGGGUGAUGAUGACGGUGGUGGUGGUGGUGGCGGUGGUGGUGGGUCUUACAGUUCGCAAAUUCAAGGUUUGGAGGGGAAUGUAGCAAGGCGGUGGUGGCGGCUGGGUAAGCUGAUCCGACGAUGGCUUGAUAUGAUCUGGUGGAGGCCGGGAGGGUGA